AUGGGGCGCUGGGCCCGGGUCGCCAGCCCCUGCCCCUCGCCCGGGUCGGCCCUGCUGCUGCUGCUGCUGCUGCUGCCUCGCGGGGCACAGACCCAGGCUGCCAGGAGCCAAAGGGAGCCCCCAGAACACAAUGCCACAGUAACUCCUGCGACCCCUGUAACGUCGGCGACCCCCAGCACUGCAGCCGCGGGAGCACUCCAGGCAGAGGGGCCCCCUGGUGGCGGGCUCACCCCCCUGCCCAGGGGAGCCCCCUCCAACAGCCCUGGGGGCACAGUGCUCACCGAGGCCGGGCAGCCCUGCAGGUUCCCCUUCCGCUACGGCGGCCGCAUGCUGCACUCCUGCACGGCAGAGGGAAGCGCCCACAGGAAGUGGUGUGCCACGACCCACAAUUACGACCGGGACCGGGCCUGGGGCUACUGUGUGCAGGACCCCGCUCCCCGGGGGCGCCCAGCCCCCCGGGACCCCUGUGCCUCUGGCCCCUGCCUCCACGGGGGCUCAUGCUCCAGCACGCAGGACCCCGAGUCGUACCACUGCACUUGCCCCGCGGCCUUCACCGGCCAGGACUGCGGCACAGAGAAGUGCUUUGAUGAGAGCCGCUACGAGUACCUGGAGCCAGGCGAUCGCUGGGCCCGUGUGCACCAGGGCCGCGUGGAACAGUGCGAGUGCGCGGGGGCCCAGGUCCGCUGCGAGGGGACCCGCCACACAGCUUGCCUGAGCAGCCCCUGCCUGAACGGGGGCUCCUGCCACCUGAUCGUGGCCACCGGCACCACCGUCUGCGCCUGCCCCCCAGACUACGCCGGUCGGCUCUGCAACAUCGUGCCUGCUCAGCGCUGCUUCGUGGGGACGGGCACAGAAUAUCGAGGUGUGGCCAGCACGGCGGCCUCGGGCCUCAGCUGCCUGGCCUGGAACUCCGACCUGCUCUACCAGGAGCUGCACGUGGACUCCGUGGGCGCCGCGGCCCUCCUGGGCCUGGGCCCCCACGCCUACUGCCGGAACCCAGACAAGGAUGAGAGGCCCUGGUGCUACGUGGUGAAGGACAACGCCCUCUCCUGGGAGUACUGCCGCCUGGCGGCCUGCGAAUCCCUUGCCAGGAUUCAGCCCCCGCCCACCGAGGCCCUGCUGACCCUCCCUGGGCCCGCGGCUGCUGGGCCAGCUGGACGCCAGACCUGCGGCAAGAGGCACAAGAAGAGAACCUUCCUGCGGCCGCGCAUUAUUGGCGGCUCCUCCUCGCUGCCCGGCUCCCAUCCCUGGCUGGCCGCCAUCUACAUCGGGAACAACUUCUGUGCAGGGAGCCUCGUCCACACCUGCUGGGUGGUGUCUGCCGCCCACUGCUUCUCCAACAGCCUUCGGCUGUCACUGGCUCCCGCGCAGCAGGCUGACCUCCGACCUCUCUCCCGCCCAGUCCUGAUCCGGCUGGAGAAGAAAGGGGAGCGCUGUGCUGUCCGCUCCCAGUUUGUCCAGCCCAUCUGCCUGCCUGAGCCCGGCAGCCCCUUCCCCGCGGGACACAAGUGCCAGAUAGCGGGCUGGGGCCACCAGGAUGAGAACGUGAGCGGCUACUCCCCCUCGCUGCGGGAGGCGCUGGUCCCCUUGGUCGCGGACCACAAGUGCAGCAGCCCCGAGGUGUAUGGGGCCGACAUCAGCCCCAACAUGCUGUGUGCCGGCUACUUCGACUGCAGGUCGGAUGCCUGCCAGGGAGACUCCGGUGGGCCGCUGGCCUGCGAGAAGAACGGCGUGGCCUACCUGUACGGCAUCAUCAGCUGGGGCGACGGCUGCGGGAGGCUCAACAAGCCUGGUGUCUACACCCGCGUGGCCAACUAUGUGGACUGGAUCAACGACCGGAUUCGCCCCCCCAAGCGACCCUCGAGUCCCUCCUGAGCCCUGCCCACCCCCACCUCCCCGCCAUUCCCUCCUUGCUGCCAAUAAAGAUGUUUCCAAGACUCCA